AUGGACCCGUUCGCCGCGAUCGGCCUGGCCGGCAACAUUGUCGCCUUCGUGGAUUUCGGGUACAAGCUAGUCGCCGCUGCAAAAUCCAUACAUACGUCGGCCUCCGGCUCCAGUGAGCAUAAUGAGGACCUUGCUUCCAUGACGCGACACUUCAGGAGUGUUGUGGCCGACCUCCAAGGAGCGAAUUCUGCUGGAUCGAUGUCCGACGGAGAGGUUGCUUUGCAUCAAAUCGCCACCGAAUGCGACAGCGUCUCCAAAGACAUAUUGAAGUUCCUGGAUGAAGUGAAGACGAAGAAAUCCAACUCGAAGCGUGAGAGUCUUCGAACUGCCUUCCGCGACUGGAGGAAGAAGGAUCGUAAAGAUGAGCUGGAGUUGAAAUUGGAUCGCUGCAGGCAGCAGCUGAACUUACAGAUCGCCAGUCUAUCAAGGUCCGAAAUGUUGGAACGACUCCAGAAGCUGAUCCGGCAUGGGCAAGCUAGUGAAUCUGAGCUCCAGUCCCUCACGAAGAAUAUGGACUCUUUGCGUCGAGGCAGCCACAUCUCAACUCUCAGCCAGGAAGCGCUGAAACAGAUCAGAUCGCUCAUUCAGCAGUCCGAUGAAGCUGUUCUAGCAGUUCGUCAUGCUCGUGUCCUCGACGGACUACGAUUCGAGUCCAUGAAUGAGAGAUUUGAGGACAUUGGGGAAGCACACCAGAAGACGUUUACAUGGAUUUUUGACGGCAACGACGACGCCCAAGAAAGUGUCAGCAGAACUUCCCUCAUCAGUGAAGAUACCGACGUGGAUCAGUGCAGUCCGGCGAUAAUGAAUCUGACUCUAGUGGAAAUGCCAAUCAAGACGAUGGCACCGAUAGAAGUUACUCCCCAGCCCAACAUCACCAAACCGAAAAGUCGACUUCCAAUGUUCCGAAUGGCGGGCCUCUAUAUUCUAGGCAGAGCUCACUUCAGGAGGACUUCAACAUAA